AUGGUCGCUUCGAACAUUGCACGCAAAGGAAUGGGUCGAAUUCUAGAUGGAAUUAUUAAAUAUCGUCAAACAUUACGACCUGCACUUUUAGAAGAAUUUCAAAAAGUCGCUACAGGUCCAUCGCCUGAAGGUCUUCUCUUAACUUGCGUGGAUAGUCGAGUUGUUGCCUCGCGUAUCACUCAAGCUGUGCCCGGUCAAUUGUUUAUCGUUCGAAAUCCGGGUACUGCAAUUUAG